CAGGAAAAGGGCAUCUUGGCCACAGUUGUGAGUUGCGUGUGAUGGACGCGGUGCACAUUGUUCAGCUACACUACUGCCGUCACUACCACCACUGCCGUGCAUGAGGGAAGUACCGGCAACGGCAGCGUCAAGGCUAGCUUGACGAUCUUGUGCAAGGUUGGCACCAAGCGGAAGGGCACUACUGUCUACGGUUACGUGGAAGGGUCUUAGCUGCGGCAAGAGCUGUGGCACGAACAGCAAGGCCCGAAGACAAAACCCCACGCGAAACACCCGGCCGGCUGGUCGUUCGAGAACGAGUAGGUGUUUUGGAAAGGCGUCGGCGGAACGAGGCGGGGGCGGAGCUGCCGCCCCACACCCCGGCCAUCGUACGCAGUUCAACGCACGAGCGAUUGCCAUCGACUCAACAAGUACUAUAGUAGUCGACCGGGGGGGGGGCGUCUGAGAAACCGCAAACCCCGCACAACGAUGGAAAAUGGAGGCAAUGUCCACGACCAUUGAUCGUCAUCAACUAGGUAGAUGAACAUGGGAGAUGGACAUUGCAUCAGAGGUUGUCGUCAAGCCCCCCCCCCCCCCCAGGUUCUUACAUACGAGGACUUUGCUGCGAGGUUCCCAGGCGGACAUGGCUCCCAAACGACUACCUACACACGUCUCGGCGAGCCAUCUUUUGGCUGCGCGGUUGUUGCUUUUGAUCUCGUGCUCUUGCCUCCAACCUCCAACCGGUACAGCAAUGGCAGGGUUGUGGGGUGAAAGCUCCGGCCGCUCUUGUUCCGCCGUUCCGCUACCGGCCUUCCCCGUCCACCCGUUCUCGGAACUGGAACGCCCAGGCCGUGGGAAGCAGCAGCACAGCAGCACAGCGGCACACGAGCGACCCGACGCAGCGACACCACAGUACCAGAUGGCUUGCGAGGAGUUGAAGUCGCACCGCCAUCAUCUGCCCGGGCUUCUCCACCGUCCGCGGCCGCCUCAGCUCGCAGAACAUGCUUGAAUGGGCACGCGUCACCUCGGGUGGCAUGUUUGUGUGUCCCGCAACUGGAACCAAAGCCCGACAGUCUCACCCGUGAGACGCUUCUUGGCUCUGCGGCCACUGCGAAGCAGCUUCGCCGCCAGCGCCCGAUCCAGAUCCGCAAUUGAUUCCUGCUGCUUCCUGACUCAAGAGCUUGAGCAAGUGCUCCCGCUCCCGACAUACGGACGAAAGCGGGGACCGGCGGCAGGCCCAAUUCGGACGUUGGCGGACUGCGAAAAGUCAAGUCAGCGCUAAUGGGCGUGGGCGCCCAUGGAUGUGGAUGCGGCGCAGCGCCGGCCCGAGACCAUCCGCCUGAAGAACGACGUGCAAGGCAGGGUCGCAGAUGGCGGAAGGCGCUUGCGCAGCGUCGCUGAGGGCAUGGUGCUGGAAGGUUACCUUUCCCGCUUCCUGGUGGAGAGGUUCGGCCGCUACGUGAAAGGAUUGGAUGCGGAGAACCUACGGCUAUCCGCAUGGAAAGGAGAGAUCCUGCUCAAGGGCCUGCAGCUCGUCCCUGAAGCGCUCUCGGAGGGGCUAGACAUCCCUGUCGAAGUCAAAUGGGGACACGUUGGGCUGUUUCAGCUCAGCGUGCCUUGGAACAAGCUGGGGUCCAAGCCGGUGUGCGCGACUCUGGAAGACGUUUACAUCCUUGUCACUCCCUUGGACACGUGGAGCAUGGACGACAUGGAGAGGCAACGUCGGGCGCGCUACCAGAAGUCUAGAGGAGUGGAGUGGCGGCUCAGGAAGCACCUGGAGAGGAAGGCGUCGCUUGCGGAAGGGGUUUCCAAGGACGAAGGCGGCGGGAAGGGGAGGUGGGGCAGGCUCCUGGCCAAAAUUCUCGACAACGUCCAGAUUACCGUGAAAAAUAUCCAUAUCCGGUACGAGGAUGAGCUCAGCCUUGACGACGGGACGGGUACCGUGCCGCGGCCCCUAUCUGCGGGCAUCACGUUGCGACAGCUCGUGGUGCAGACCGUUGACGAGCAGUGGACCCCCACCUACGUCCAGGGGGCUGGGGGGGGCAAGGCGGGAGAAAGCGGGGGGCGCUUCGUGUACAAGCUGGUGUCCGUGGACAGCCUGGCGGUGUACUGCGACGAGGAGCUCUCCCGGCCCUCCCGCCCACCCGGUCACCCUGCAGCCUCUUCAUCUGCCGCUGUCGCCGCCACCGGCAGCGAUGCGGCAGAAGUCCCGCCGCGUUCCGGUUCGGCGCUUCCUCCGUCAUCGUUGUCACCGUCCUUGCCGCAACCUGGCAAUGACGAAGAGCACGGCGGAGAGGUUCCCCCGACUUCAGGUGGUGGUAGUGGUGCGGCUGGUCGGGAUCGAUCGUUCCUGGCGUCGGGGUUAACGGGCGAGGACCUGGAAAGCAUGUUCCGGACAUCGUUGGCCGGGGGGGAAGACAGACACUCGUACGUCGUUAUCCCGGCGUCGCCCGAUUUCCGGCUGAGAGUGCAGAGGGAAGGCGGCGGUGACGGUGGAGGCGUGGGCGGGAGUUCGAAGUACAAGAUACAGGCGUUUUUCAACGAGGUAGGACUAGUUCUCAACAACUCCCAGAUCGCCAACAUCAACAAGAUGCGGUCGACUCUUCGAGACCUGGAGAGGUGGGAGGCCCUGUACCGGCAUCGGCCGAAGCACAAGAUCAAGGAUGGGCCAAAGGCAUGGUGGGUGUACCUAGUGAAGUGCGUGUCCAGGCCGGGGAAGGCGGAAAAGCGGGCGAAGCUCGGCUGGCCGGACGUUGCGCGGCUGCUCUCCCUGAGGAAGCUCUACGUCCACCUCUACACCGCCCGAGCUCGCCACCAGGCUACACCUGAGGAGUACCAGCAGUUCACCCGCCUGGACGAGCAGCUUACCGCCAACGAGAUCGUGGCUUUUCGGGUCAAGGCCAUCGCCGAGCUGGAGGAACAGGAGGAGCAGGAAGCUUCGCUAUUGUCAUCGUCGUCGUCUGCGAACUUGGCGGUUGCGGCUGCCGGCGAGCCAGCGGUGCCGAGGCAGACCUGGGGGCAGUGGCUGCUCAGAAGAGAUCCGGUUCCCGCCGCAGCUGCUACUGGCGGUGGUGGUGGUGGUGACGGUGAUGGUGCUACGAUAGCUGAGGAGACUGGGCCGGCAGCGGGAGGGGCAACGCAGCGCGAGGACGCCGCUGCGCAGGCUGAGUUCCUCCGGGCGUUUUCUUCUCCUGGGGGGGACGCAGAGGGGGACAACGAUGGAGGGGACGAGCAAAAGAACAGGGUGUUGUUCGAUGUGGAGGCGUCUCUGAACGAGGGGGCGCUUACCCUCGUGAAUGCCGGCCAGCCAUGCCUGCGGAUAAUCUUCGACCUCAAGGCCGAUCUGCAGAAGCAGAAGACCGACUGGAGACUCGAGCUGGGGCUCGGCGCACUCCAGGCAUUCGGCCUAGCUGGCCAGGGAGCCCGCGCAACAACACUGUUGACAAGGAGGACGUGGAGACCGCCCAAGGCGGAUGGGGGUGGCGAUGCGGGCAUGAUCCAGAUAGGCGACUUCCAGGUGUGGAAGAGCGGCGGGAUCAUCGUGGAGUAUCAGGGUGAAGACCCGGACAACGCCGCCACGAACAAAGGCGGUGGCAGAAGCAGCAGCAGUAGCACCCCCGCUGGCCCAGCCCGAAAAGCGAUUGCUUCUCCCCUGGUGUCUCCGCGAGCCGUUUCUUCGUCGGGGGGGGACGGCGGUGGGGUGUCGGCCGACCAAGCCGAUUCCGCCGGUCGUUGGGGCGGCGGCGGCAGCGGGGCGGUGGUGACCGUGAAGGUCGUGUUUGCGCCGCAUCAGCUCAUGCAUAAUCGCGCUUGUGUGGACCAGGUGACGAGCAUGUUUGCGACGAGGGACAUGCGCCUGCUGGCGUCGGCUGCGCAGUCCAAGAUCAGUCGGCUCAAAAGGGCAACGAGAUCGUCCUUUUUGCACGCCCUGGGCAGCAGCAAGAGGGUAGAGGUGACGGCGGAUAUCCAUGCCCCACUUGUGGUGCUCCCGGAAGACCUGGAGGACCGUUCUCGAUCCAGCCUUCUCGUGCUCGACCUUGGGCAUAUCGCCUUCCGGAGAGAUGACGCGCUGAGGAGAGACGCUGUUGAGACCCCCCCCGGGGACAGCCCACUGGCAUCCCCCCCCGUGUUUGACGUCGAUGUACCGUCGUCUUCGGUAGAAGGCGUGUCUGCACCGGGGUUGUUGACGGCUGAUCCCCUGGUGGCGAACGUACCGGAAGAUAUAGCUCAGGACGACUGGCUGCUGGACGUUACGGGGGUGCAGGUGGUAGUGGCCGACGCUUCUUCGUUCUUAGGACCGGCGUCUUCGGACAACGGGCCAAGCGCUAACAAGGCGGCCCUUUCCAAUGACACCGCCAUCGUGGAGGAGGUCGACCUAAACGUGAAGGUCCGAACUGCGACUGACCUGUCAACCAACGGUCUCAUCGGGGUUCGCGUAGAGGCCAACCUCCCCCGCCUUAGCUGCAACGUGCACAGCUCGGCGUACCUCCUGCUCACCAGGCUGCUCAAGAACGAACUUGAACGUCCAACAACGGCGGCUGGUGCGGAUCGAUUCCCCCCCGAAAGCCCCCUGGUGUCGAGCUCUAGGGAGGAAGAACGAAUGACCCGCGUGCCGCAAACAGGAACAAGAGGGGCUGUUGCCUCUCGACUAUUCCCUGCUUCGGCUACUCCGAGCUUGAGUCCUGGUUCUCCUGGAGGAACGCAGCGGCCCCGCCUAAUCAAAGCGGUCCUGGCUUCAGAAUUAGAGCCGGUAACCGAAGUUCCGGGCGAGGGCCCCCUGGAGGACUCGGACGAUGGCGUGGGAGGAGCGGGGGUAGGCAGGGCUGGCGUUUUCUCCCUAACCCCGCGAAGAAACAGCCUCUCGCGCGGGCACCACAGGAGGCGAUCUAGCUCAGGUUCUGGCUGCAUCCACUCCCCAAUGCCUGUUGAGGACAGCGGGUGUGGUGGGGGACAGGGGGUGGAAGGGUCCGAGAGAGUGGUGGGAGACGCAGGGGACGGGGGCGAUCGUGUCGAGGAGGGUUACCUCGAACAGCCGCAGACCCCGGCCGCCGGGCUGGUUCUUGAAGUGCGGGUCUCCGCCCCUGUGAUCUGUGUUUCGCUCGUGCACGACGACAACAGCACCAGCACCAGCGGUGGGAACCACGCGAGCGGGAACGGUGCUCCCGAGCGAUCCGCCACGACUUCUUCGCCGGCUCGCCACAUCGUCAGAGGAGGUCCAGAAAGUGAGAAUCGCGUCGGGCGGCCCCCUCCGCCGAAGGGGGGUGCGGGUCACGCCGCCGUUUCUGGCGGCGGUGAGGAAGGCGAGUCUGGUUUGCCUGGUGUGCGACUAGCAGCGCCGCCGCCAGUUGGAGCAAGCGAAACGGUUGCCGAAGGCGCGCUUGUCCUGCUCGAAAUCUGUGGCCUGGGAGUCGACUACCGAGACGCCGUCGGCGGCGACGGCCAUGGUAGCGGUGGUCGCGCCGUUGUUGAUGCUGACGCCACCAAGCAGGAAGACCGAAACCCAGCGGUCGAGCCGCCGUCAAAGGGCGAUCCGCCUGGGGCAGACGCAGACGGUAAUGGCGACAGCCCUUGUAAGUUUUGUCUCUCGGUAUCGUCUUUCCGAGUCAAGGACAUGCACCAGCGACUGACCGGGGACGCCGGGUUUUCGUACCUCCUAUCGUCUCAAGACCCUUCUUCUUCGGCGCCGUUGCCGCUGUUACUGCCGGAGGAAGAGGCGUUGAGGAUAACCUACCACACGCUUGGUGAGAAACGCACUGGUGGCGACCGAUCGGGGUCGAGGACGGUAGUUGUCCUGGGAGGAGUGUGGGGGAACUGGAACCCGGAGACCGUGGGAGCGCUCUCGGUGUUCACGUACGGCAUGUACGGCAGCAGUGGUGGCGGCGGUACGGCGCCGGAAAUCGGGGAUGGGGGGGGAGGGGGCGGGCGUCCCAACGCAGAGCAGGGAAAGGUCGACGAGAGGAGUGGAAGGGGGGUGCCUUCACCACGAUCCGAGGAUCUUCCGUCGUCCGCCAGCGGGCGUUCGAUACCCGAACAGGCGGGUGUUCAAGCGGAGACACAGGCCGAGAGGACGGGGGCGGCCGAACCCGUCUCGGCCGAGAAGGGCAGACGAGGCGGCGCCAUCAUCGUCAAGGCGGAGAUCUUCAAGUGCCACCACUCGGAAGGAUCGGUCUCGAACUAUAGCAUAGCGCUGGGUUUCGCUUCUCUCACGGACCUCGGCACAAAGCACUCGCGAUGGCGCUCUCUGGUCUGUCCCAGCCUUGACUCCACCUUGCCCCCCCAGGAAGUGCGGCUUGACAUCGUACAGGACUCGCGGCAAGGCGUAGAGUUCCCUAUCAGCGUGAAUCUCGUGCUGCAGUCGUGCACGGUAAACUACCUCAACCAGACCUGGCUGGAAACAUUGGACUACCUGAUGAAUGGAGUGCUUGGCGACGGCCCGUGGUGUCCUUGGCUGCUCAUCCCGCAACCCGAGGAUGAACACUCUGUCGACGAAAGGGUGCUACCUCCACCCCCGCCGGCGCUGAACAAGAAAAGCCUCCGCAUCAAAGCUUUCGAUGCAGAGGUUAGGCUCCCCGCGGGCCACGCCGGAGCAUCGUGGGUGACCUUCGACGCGAAAACCUUGACCGCCACCAACAGCUACGGGACUCGACGAAUGGGCGACGUCCCCUCCGCCAAACCCGAGACCUGCCAAGUCUGGUCGAUCAAUCUCGACGGGUUGGGCAUCCGCUCUUCCCGCUGUUAUCGGCCCUCGCCGGCGGCAGCUGUCGCCCCUAGCCCAAGCCUCGGUAGCACCGUCGUUCCUCCACGAGCUGGGUCGAAGCUGUUGCGGGAGGAUGGUGUCUCGCUGGGGGAGGUGACGGUGGAGGCAUGGUGGCCCAUGGUUCCGCGUGUGGGCGGGGCAGAGAGCGACGGGGUCACGAGCAACUACGUGGUCGUGGGGCGGGCCCCUGGACUGGACCUCGGCCUGCACGAAGACGACUUCUCCGUGCUCUGGCAGGUUUUAGCAGAAAAUAUCUGCGGCCCAGUUCCUGAGGUCGUAGACUCGCUCUUCGCCUCGUCAGGCUUAGCGGUGGGACCUUGGAGCGCGAAGGUCGAUGACGGCGAACACGGGAGUUCCACGAAUGAAGCCACGGACCUCGUAAAUACGGCUUGGGAGGGCAAGCCGGACAAGGCCGACAAUGCAAGGGGAGAACACACGAGUGCGGCGGUUUCGAGGACAGGCCGCCGGAGAAGACAGCUAGCCGUGUUCCCGUACGAACACCCGUCGGACAUCGCCACCACCUUCGACGUUACUUUCCACCUCCCGGAUGUCGCUCUUGUCGCUCAUGCAUGUCGGGACACUGUCCCCGAUUCUCGUGUGUUUGGCGAGAGUCAUGCGGCCCCGAAUGCCGCCGACGUCCACGGUGGUGUUCAGACGGAGGCCGGCGGUGUAGUUGAGGUUGGCAAAGUUCGCAGCGCGCUCCUCACGUGGCGAAUGCUUAGGUUUUCAGACUUCCGAUCGAGUAAUGAGGUGGUCAUGGCAGAACCACUUCUCACGGAGAGCACACGUGGGGAGGAGCUGAGCGCCAACGACGGUGGGAACAGGAAGCUCCUGAGCCCCGGGCAAAUCGUCCCUCUUUCUCUCUGCGCUAGCGCUCCGCUUGUGGGGGCACAGGUACCAGGUGCUACCGGCGACAUCGGAGCUGGAGCAGCAACAGCGGCUACCUCCGAUGAUACCGGCAAUAAUAUCACCGUGAGGACUGACGGGCAAAGAGGGAGGGCCACGUCGGACAAGGUAGGCGAUGGAGUGGCACCACCCCAGGAAGGUGACAGUGAUACGGCGUCACCCCCGGGUUCGGGGGCUCCUUCUCCCGGCGCUCGUUCUGGCGCUUGCUUCCGGUGGAAGAAGAGGAGCUGGCCUGACGGUGGCCGCACUAACUCGCUCGCGGUGAGCGGGGCCAGCGUGUUGCUGUCGAAGGUUGGUUGGGGCCGGUGGCGUGUCUGGGCUGCGGCAGCCACCGGCUCAGGAGAUGACGACAAUGGCGGCCUUUCGCCGAAGGACGAAUCAGCCAAGCAGAAACGGCAGCAGGUAGUAGCCGGGGAGGAAACGACGGGGACUGGUACACCCGGAUGGACCAGCUUUGGCGAGCGCGAGGCCCCACCAAUUGAUGCCACAGCUUCGGCCGGAAAGGUGUCCAACUCUGCGACGCAAGGCAGCAACCUAGAGCCCGCAAAUGUUGCUGUCGGUAUCGCCAGGGCAGACCCGCUGGCGGCAAGUGACACGGGGUUGAUCGCCGAACUAGCCUUUGCGUUCGACGUCAAUCUGUCGGAAACCUGCCUCAUACUAGAGCCAUGGAACUACGACAGUGGUUGUGACCGUUCCGGGGUGUGUGGCAUGGGGGGUGACAAUGGUUGGGAAGGAGGAGAUGGAGCGGCGGUGGUGGUUCGAGUGGACAUGUCCAUGAGGAUGACAAGCGCUUUCUUCCUGGACGGGCACUGGGCCGCCAAGCUUGCCGCGAGUGGUACGGAGGCUUUCCAGCCCACCGUUCCUUUUCCGAUUCCCGGAGAUACGGGACGGCGGGAUGACGACUCUGACAGGACAACACUCUUGUCGUGCAGGCUUGCGAAAGUCGAGGCGUUUUCACGACCGUUUCGCGGCGGACUUUACGAACACGAGGACCCGUCACGGGUCCACAGGAGUCAUCGACCUGCCAGAGAAGAAAAUGCAGCACGCUCUCCCACGACGAGUAUGCCCAGUGUUGCCAAUCGGCCUCAAGGAUGCCUCGGCCACUGCCGCAACCACUGCUGUCGACGAGCUUCCAGGAGUGGGCCAGAACACGAGGAGGCGACCCCAUCGCCACCGGCAACGACCCCGCAGCGUCGUUUUCCUGGCAUCGCGGAUCUAUCUGUACGGGCGUCGGGCGCAGGGUUGACCGUGAGGCUCGAGGACGACUCGGGGACGCACUUCGUUCCACCGCCGCAGCCGCUGCCACGGCAGCAGCAGGCAGAGGACUACGCGUUUGCGCCUUCUCUUCAGAGCAUCAGCAGCAGCUGCAGCAGCAGGCGGAACACGUACGACGGGGAAGAGCUGGAAGAAGAGCGAGUCCUGCCCACACCCAGCUCGCGGAUUGGGUCCGUGCCGUGGACCACGACAACAGCCAGCGGUCCGCGGGUAGAACAUAGCCCAAGAUUUGCGGCGGGGUUCAGCCGGGAUGGCAAGGAGGACAUGUCGACAACAGUGGGUGGAUUGGCCUCUGAUAAGAUGUCUAGCGCAUUGCUCAGCGCGACCUGCGGCUUCCCCGGGCAGCCCGUGGUGGAGGCGAGCGUCGGUAAUUGGCUUGUGAGCUUUUCUCGAGUUGUUGGUCGUGGCGGUGGCAGCGAUGGCGGAGGCGCCUCCACCGUUGUACCAGGCGGGGAACCCGGACGAGAGACCUGCGUUGCUUCCGCAGGUGCCCCUUUUUCAGCAACCUUGCCGGUGGCGGCGAAACCAGUAAGAACGUCGUCUGAGGGCAGACCAGCCUCUCCCACCUGGCAAGAGUGGCUGGAAGAGGAGGAGGACAAGGGCCGACAUGUCGCGAGGAGUGGAAGCCCUCCGGUUUGCGGGAGAGAUAAGACCUCACACUCUGGGCAAGAAGAGCCAUCGAUGCCGGCCCCAGCACGGUCGGGAGAAUGUCCCGCCCCCAUGGGCCAACAACAGCGUUCGCAGUCGCCGCCGCCGCCGCAAGCACCGGACGAUGAAAACCCCGCGCCGUCAGUUCUAGUGAGCUACAGAAAGGUGGUGUCGUUCGGGCAUGGGGAGGAUGCGGCGAUUGCGGUUGCUUCCGGCUCGCCACGCCGUGAUACUCUCGGAGUUGGCGCGGAAAACCCGGUUGCUGAAGAAGCGAGCAGCGGGGUAGGCGGAGACCCUGACGUUGAUGGCGUCACGCCAGCGGAGGAACCUGAUCCCGGUGGCGGUGACAGGGAUCUUGGCAAAGCGGCUGGCGCAGGGCAAGAGACCGGUAGUAGGAGCGGUACUGGAGCAUCGCCAACUCCGACGUGCUCUACGGAGAUUGAAGUCGCUGCUCGUCGGGGGUUAGAGGUGAUGUUCAACAAGGAGAAGGAGGGCCGGCAGCUCAUUGCGUUGUCCGCGGCAUCCCUCGCCCUCACUGUGGAAGCAUCGUCGGGCGGAUGUGCCACGGACAAGUCCACGGUGGUGUGGGACGGUCGGCUGGACGACCUUACAGCAAGAGACCCACGGGCGUCGAACCUGCUCUACUCGACACUGGUGGGCCGGCCGUCGCCUCCCCGACCGACCGCACAGCAGCCCGAAUCACCUGUCUCUCUGACCUUCCGCUACAGCAAGGAGAAAGGAGACGAAAGCGGAGAAGGUCCCUACGUGGCGUACCGCAUUCCACCGGCGGCGCUGCUACAAGGGGCAACCGCACCCGCCGAAGGCCGGGUUGCUGGACCAUGGGAGUCUUCUUCCCUGUCUCUGAGCUUCUCUGAGCUUCAGGUUGUGUACUUCCAGCCGCUGUGGCUCGAGGUCAUCGACUUCUUGUGGGAAGGCGUUCUCGGAGCGGCCGUGUGGGGGGGCUCUGCGGUCCCUGAAGAGGAGGCGGAACAAGGGGCUCCUGCUGCUACUGACGGUUCUACUCCUGCCGAUCGGAGAACACCGGGUGCCCGCGAGCAAGAAAGAGCGGCGGCAGAUGGAGGGGACCCCGGCUUGCGAAGCCUUUCGCAAAUCCAGGUGACCCUGUCGGCGCCCACGGUGGUCCUUCCGGGCUCGCUCACCGACCCGAGGCACCUUGCGCUCAGGCCGAAGACGUUCCGGUUCAGUACCUGGACUGGCGGGGCAGACGACUCGAGUGCUCCACCGCGGCUCGAGGAAUGCUCCCCGGGUGGUCCCGUGGCUCGCCACAUGGCUGUAGAAGCCGGCGAGACAGACAUUGGUUUAGGGUUCUGCUAUCCGCGGGGUCCCCGACCUCAGAGCCCAGUGGGCGCUGUGCAACACCGGGCAACGGGCCUGUUUUACUCCCUCCUGCAGGAGCCCAUAGACGUCAAGGUCGCCGUGAAGACUGUGUCUCCGCCUCCUCCUUCAGACGGCGCUACCGGAAUCGCCGGUAGUGACUGCGAUGACAGAGACCCACCCCGAGAGGUAGGUAGGAGUAGCAGCAGCAGCAGCGGCGGCACAGGAACAACCCCUGCGGUGCAGGUAGGUUUGACUAGUGGGGGGGCAAAGGUUGUCGAGGAAAAGACUUCGGGGGACGAGGGGUGCAACAGUGACGGCACCGAAGGCGAUGGAGGUGCCGGAAGCGGCGAGGAGGGAGAGCAGGAGAAGACGAUGGAGGUGCGGGUGGAACUCCCUCGCCUCCUACAAGUCUCCCUCACGCCCGACGCAAGGGCUGCCCUCGCCGGUUGCUUAGGCGCAAACAUUCUAGCCGCGGGAUUCCACGGCGAAGUUUCCGAGAACUUUCCUCUCGUGGCAUCUAAGGAUGACGACGAUGCCGCGACGAGCAUUUUCGGCGGCGCUGACGCAGCCGGCGUGGAACAAGAGAUGGAUGAGAUCGACCCGGAAAGAGAGGUCCGAGGAACGACGAGAGGCGGAGGAGAAAAACGCCACCAUGAACGGGGUGGAACGGAACCCCGCGUAGACAGAGCAGGCGGGGAAGUGGGAGGAUACCCGUUGCCUUAUUCUCCCCGCGCCGUGCGGAAGCACCAGCGGCGGCAUCCGUCUCCCCCCCAGUCGCCAUCGGGAACGGCGGUCGGGUCACGGGGAGGGGACGGGGUUUCCCCGCCGUUGGCGUGCCCAUUGUGCACCGACUCGUUCGACGAGCUCCUGGCAAGGCAUGAAUGCGCCUGGUGCGGAGGCACGGUCUGCAGAAAAUGCUUGCACACUCAGGUCUUGAUCUACGACGAUGACGGCACCUCAAAUGCCCCCGGCGGGAACACAGGCGAGGGCGAUGCCCCCAUCGUCCUCCCCUCCCUCAUCUGCGACAAUUGCGCCGCAAGAGUAUUCCCGGAAACUUCCGUGAGCCCCGCGGGACAAGUCCGUUACCGGUACGGGGACGACGGCCCAGUGACCGCCGUCGACGUAGCGCUGGAAAUCCCGAGAAUCCAGGUGGAUUUCUUGCCCUCUAGUGCUUCGUUACCGUGGGGGGCUGGAGAGGAGGAGGAGGACAGCAACGAGGGGUUCCCGGCGGGGCACCGCAGCCGCGGUACCGGGCACCCCACCCCGGGAGGUAUGUCUGUGCUCGGCGAUGGGCUCGAGCUGACCUAUCGGCGCUCGGCCAGGCGCAUGGGCGGGCUGGAGGGGUCGGUGGGCGCGGUGUUGCUGCUGGACCUUUCCCCGGGAACGGCGUUCUCACGCAUCGUCUCGCCAGCAGCCCCCGUUCCGGUAUCCGGGGAGAUGCGCCCUCCUCAGGUUGUGAUAAGCUAUCACUUCUCUCCGAAAACGGAAGCCCAGGUUCAGGUGAUGGUUAACCACCUGGAAACGAUAGCAGUCCCUUCCGCCAUACACAAGCUCCACGUGCUGGCAAAACCGACCCCGCCGCCACCGACGCCGAUGUAUGGUUGGAAACCCGGGGACGAGAGAGACCCGUCCCCUGUGGGCCCGCCACACAGCAGCGGGCUUGGAACUCCUGGAGAAGGCGUUGGAACGGAGCGUAAUGUCAAGGAAACUCGAGCGGCAACCGGCGGCCUGGGGGCGGCAGCGGAGGCGGAGUGCAUGCACGAUCUUGCAGCGCUCCAGCUGACUCAACAAGGGGGAGAGGACGGAGCGCCGAAAACGCCGUUGACGCUCAAGGCCACUCUUCUGAACCCCGUGCUUAUCCUGCCGCAAGACGACAAGGACCCAGACUGCAACGCGCUCUUCUUGCAAGGGCUGAUCAUCGCCAACUACGUGCGGUCCCCGCGGAACGACACCGCGUUCCAGCAACACUCGAACUCCGCCAGGGGGGCCGCGGCGGAAGCGAGGGAUACGUCGCUGGAAAUCAUUCGGUUGGAGUCUCAGGUAGGGCGGAUGUUCGGGGGCUCUGGCCGUGCACCAGGAGCAAGCACCCCGAGCGGGCUCGGGGCCGGGGCCGGGGCUAUCGACCCCGUGACCCUGAGCCUGCACUACAGCGAGGUGGAACGCCCCCUGCAUCCCAUGGUCAAAGACCUCAAGUGCCAGAAGGGUGUCCCGACCCUCCGCCCGCGGGCGGGAGCUUUGGUCGUCAGCGUGGCCGGUAUUCCGGUGUCUCACCUCACGGUAUCGGCGGUGACGUCCCUUUUGAACGAUAUCGCUUCGGAACCUCCGCGACGAUCGCCGCCCGCUCGGGGUAAUGCUGGCGGUGAACGUAAGAAGGUUGCGGGCGGUUGGACUGAGACCGUGCUGGCCAACAGUUCGAGUACCACUCGAGGAUCUUCGGCAGCAGCAGCGGCGGCGGCGGCGGCACCAGGGAGAGGAGGAGGCCCCCAAGGACAGCAACGGCCGCGACGGCAACAGCACCAGCUCCUGCCUCGCGACGGCAGCAGGAGCAGGAGCAGGAGCAGCAGGGGAAGGGGUGACGUGAUCAGGCUCGUGCUUAGGGAGGUGGAGGUCCACGCCUGGCCCCCUAACUGGCGGCACGAGGUUCAGUGUCCCGGUGUGAGGGUAACCGUGAUCGACGAUCUAGAGGGGCGCGACAUGCCGCUUUUGAGAGCUGAGGUCGGGAGCCUGGACAUGACUCACGAGAGCGGUCCGGGAAUGGCCAGACACAGCGCCGGCGACAAGCGGGCGUCGCUAGGCAAGUCGAUUCUCGCCACUACCGCUGGGGGGACCAGCGCCGCUGGUGGUGGCCGCACUGCUGGUGGUGUCGACACCGCUCUACUUGUCGUUCCCGUCAGUCGCACGGCAGCGGCCUGCGAUGCACAGUGUGGUAGAUUGAAGCGGUGA